CUAUGUCCUGAUGGCAUGCUCCUCAUGUCCCUGCAGGUGGUUCAGGAGAGUGAGAACGUGGUGUUCUGUCUGGAGUGUGUCCUGCUGUACGUACAGAAACACAAGUCCUGCCGAGGCCUCAAAAUGAUGUACCGUUACGACGAGGACCAAAUCAACCAUCUGGUGAGCAGGGUGUGUGGGAGAAUGCUGGAGAGGAGCGGUGCUGAGAAGAGGAGAGGGACGAGAGGACUUCAGGGCCCCGGUGAGACGUCCACCCCGGCCAAACGCAGCGCCCGAAACAGAACCUCCAUCACUGUGUCCCUCACCCGCCUCCCCUCCUCCACCCUGCCCAAGACCGCCAUCAGCUCUAAAUAACUCACAUCAUGGGCCGCGCUCCAAUACUUCACAUCCUUCCUUCCUGGGUUCUUUGAGGUAAACACAGAUUUACAAGUGGGUUAGGUUACUACCACACAAUUACUGUCACCAAUACAACCAAUUCACACCUGUGAUUACUUCAAAGGAAGGAAGGAAGGAUUUGUGAAGUAUUCCAACAGGACCAGUGCUUCACUACGGUACAUUUCUCUCUGCUCAGUGUGGAGAAUGUGCUCCUUAAACCACGGCUUUUGCACUAGCGUAAAAAAACAUGUUUUUAAGAGGCAUUAAUGGCUGGAUUCAGUUCCGUAUCGGAGGAUCCGCAUUUCAGCUCAAUUGAAAUUUGAAGGCAAUGUUCCGGCGUUCACUGUAUAUCUCAGCUCAAUCGGAAAUGACCUGUAAAAUGUGAGCGCAGAUCUUCAGCGAUACGGAUUGAAUCCAGCCCUUUCGUCCAAUACUGUAUAUUGUAUCUAGAUAUCACAAUAUCCUCCUAGCUACACCUACUGUUAUUACCUACAGACUUCACUUCCCUGGUGCUACAUCUUGGUGCUCAAUUUAUACUGUAUGUGGUGUAGUAAUAAUAAUGAUCAUUUCUGUUUUGCUCAAAGCCAUUGGACUGCAUCCUGAACUGUGAACACGGUUUUAGAACUUGUUACCAAUAAGUUGAUUCUACAGUUUUGCGUUAGACUCCAACCAGUAAUAAGGCUCUUCAGGGGUUUGUAAUACAUGAAAACGAUACAAAGAUUUUUCCAGCGGAGCGCAAAAAGUGGGUCAUAUUUAUUAGUGCUAAACGUAGGAAAACGUUUUGCAACGGGAAAAACAAAAAACAAGCGUUCCUUAUUGGACAUGUUCAGGUAGUCCCUCCCCGUUUUGGCCCUUUUGCUUCCGUUUGGUUCCGAGUGAAUACGACCCUGGCCCCUUCUCAGAUCAUUGAUGUUAUAAUUGUUUAGAGAAUUGGCCAAGAAUGGAACGGCCAUCAUGGGCUUCACACCGCUCAUCUGACCAUUUUGGUGUGAAACACUGUGCCUAAAACAAAAUGCAUACUAAUCAUUUUCAAUCACUUCUGGUGCCGAUAGUUUUUGUUUUGUGACCAAGUUAUCUACUCUAGACCCUUAUAGGCUCUUGACCUGCAACUCUUGGGUCUCCGGGAAUGUGUUCCAAAUGGCAGCUUAUCCCCUAUUUAGAGCACUAGUUUUAACCAGAGCCCCGAGGGCACUAUAGAGGGAAUAGGGUGCCAUUUGGGAGUCACAGUCCAGGUGUUUUAUCAAAAAACUGAAAACCACAACAGCAUUGUACAUAUAAAACAAUGUCAAUGUCUAAAGAGACAUGAACCUGAGCCUUUUAAGGAAUGGAAUGCAGUGUUUUGGAGUAGGGACUAAUGAAGAAAAAGCCUUUCCCCCGUUACUUCAUCUGUGGCCCCGUAUACACUCAACGGUUGUGAUACAAAACACAUCUAGAAUUACAUAAGCAUUAUGGAGACAAUGAAAUGGUUUUGUAAUUGUUUUUUUGUGCAGACAAAAAAAGAAUAUAUUGUAUGACAACCCUUGUGUCCACUGUGUUGGACAUUAGUUGUAUGGGGCCAGGGUUGUCCUGGUAACAUGUAUGGACAAGUGCUGCUUAUAUCACUGAAGUACAGCAUCGUUUCAAUCCCCUCGUUUUGUACCUUGACUUUUUUUAUGAAAAGGGAAAAUAAGUAGAAGAACAAUAAAAAUCUACUAUGUACAGAAGGAGUAACUCCUGUUGUUGCACUCCAGCCUCGAGACAAGAGUCCUUUAAAUCAGCUUGUUGAGACCCCUUACAAAAACAAUCCAUUUUCAAAGUUGACAUAUAUACACAGAGUUUGAUGUUUUUGAAAAAGCGUGCUUAAUGUUUUGGUUGUUUUUUACAACAGGCUCAUUACAGCCCACCGUCUCAUUUCUUCUCUCUGAUUCUGUUUUCCUUCCAUGCUGUUCCACGUUGGACAAUGAACGGUUUACUUUCUAUUUUAUUUGUUAGUACCUAUUAAGGUUGAAUAAAAAGGUUUGACAGUGUCUAUCCAAAA